AUGAACCCCUGUCUCUACCUGUGGUGCGUUCAGGUGACGGUGGACGGACGGAUCAUCAGUCUGAACCUGUGGGACACGGCGGGGCAGGAGGAGUACGACCGGCUGAGGACGCUGUCCUACCCGCAGACCAACGUCUUCGUCAUCUGCUUCUCCAUCUCAAGCCCCGCCUCCUACGAGAACGUCAAACACAAGUGGCACCCAGAGGUUUCCCACCACUGUCCCAAUGUUCCCAUCCUGCUGGUCGGCACAAAGAGCGACCUCCGGAACGACGCAGACAUCCAGAGGAAGCUGAAGGAGCAGAACCAGGCGCCCAUCACCCACCAGCAGGGCCUGAACCUGGCCAAGCAGGUCCAGGCGGUGCGCUACUUGGAGUGUUCGGCGCUGAACCAGGAUGGCAUCAAGGAGGUGUUCACCGAGGCGGUGAGGUCCUACCUGAACCCGCAGCCCACCGUCACCAAGAGGCCCUGCGUCCUGCUCUGA